AAACGAGGAAACGCGGAACGACCAAAACAGUCAAUGCGCCAAUCCCAGAUGAGAAAUUGCACCUCAAACCCCAUCCAAAGCAAGCAACGUCAUUUUCUCCCAUUCUCGAACGACGGAAAGCGGGUUGCUGAUUAUUUUCGAUUCUCAAACCACAUUGUCUCGAUAUUCAGCAAUCGACUGAUACCAACCUAUGAUCCCGUUUCCUGUUGUAUCCCAAGUGUUGACCGGCACGGCGGAUCGGUACUUGCUUUGUUGACUUGCUCUUUUUCCCCGUUUUGACCGAUCGGUGGCCCAAACCUAGAGGUCGACUGCCACCCGAGUCGCCAAAAUGGACCCAAAUGCAUCCUCCAUCACCGUCGCCGUGCGAGUGCGACCGUUUACCAUUCGAGAGGCUGCCCAGCUAGUCAAAAAUGACGACGGCACAGUCUUUCUCGGAGACGGAUCGCUUGCGGCAGCGCCGACCCCCAAGCUACACCAGCGAGGAAUCCGAUCGGUCAUCAAGGUGGUUGACGACAGAUGCCUCGUAUUCGACCCUCCCGAGGACAACCCCGUCCAGAAAUUCUCCCGAUCAGUGGUGCCUUCGGCCGGCAAAAAGGUGAAGGACCAAGUCUUCGCUUUCGACCGCAUCUUUGACGACAAUGCAUCGCAAAUCGACGUCUAUGAGGGCACCACCAAGGGCCUCUUGGAUAGUGUUCUCGAUGGUUACAAUGCUACAGUCUUCGCCUACGGGGCCACGGGAUGCGGCAAGACGCACACAAUUACAGGCACUGCGCAGCAGCCGGGCAUCAUCUUUCUGACAAUGCAGGAGCUGUUCGAGAAGAUUCAAGAGCGCAGCAACGAGAAGACAACAGAGGUCACGCUGUCCUAUCUUGAAAUCUACAACGAGACGAUCCGCGAUCUUCUUGUCCCGGGCGGCAGCAAACAAGGCCUCAUGCUGCGCGAGGACUCGAACCAGGCCGUCACCGUGGCCGGCCUCACCAGCCACCGCCCAAAGGAUGUACAGGAGGUCAUGGACAUGAUAGUGCAGGGAAACGAGUACCGAACCGUGUCGCCAACGGCUGCAAAUGCCGUCUCGUCGCGUUCUCACGCGGUUCUGCAGAUCAACGUUGCGCAGAAAGAUCGAAACGCCGACAUCAACGAGCCGCAUACCAUGGCAACUCUGAGUAUCAUCGACUUGGCGGGCAGCGAGCGCGCGAGCGCUACCAAAAAUCGGGGCGAGCGAUUGCUCGAAGGUGCCAACAUCAACAAGUCCCUGCUCGCGCUGGGGAGCUGCAUCAACGCGCUGUGCGACCCACGGAAGAAGAACCACGUACCGUACCGCAACAGCAAGCUUACCCGCCUGCUCAAGUUUUCUCUGGGCGGAAACUGCAAGACGGUCAUGAUUGUAUGUGUGAGCCCGUCGAGCGAGCACUAUGACGAGACGCAGAACACGCUCCGCUACGCCAAUCGAGCCAAGAACAUUCAGACCAAGGUUACGCGCAACGUCUUUAACGUCAAUAGACACGUCAAGGACUUUUUGGUCAAAAUCGAUGAACAAAUGGCGCUUAUCAACGAGCUCAAGGCGCAACAGAGGGAUGCCGAGAAGAUCUUUUUUGCCAAGUUCAGAAAGCAGACGGAAAAGAAGGACGGCGUGGUGCGCGAGGGCAUUAUGCGGUUGCGCGCUGCUUACGAGAAUGCUGCCUCGGACCGACAGGAGAAGCUCAACCUCAUGAAGAAGCUGAAGGCGAUCGAGCGGCGAAUCAGUCUGCUCUCUGCCUGGAUUGCCGCCUUUGACACGGUUUGCGAUUCCCGAGGUGACGACGAGACUAUGCCCUCGAACCUGUCAGCCAUGCGCAAGACAGCACAUGGUAUUCUGAUCGAGCUGGAGAGCAGCAGGCACCACAUUCACCAGAGGCUAGAGCGAACAAACUGGGAGCGCGCAUUGGACUCGGCGCUUAACCAUAGCAUUGCGCAGCUGCCAACCGGGGAGGGCGCCCUCGAUGGCUCCGAACGGGACACGCUAGCCCGAGAAGCCGAGAUGCUAAAAACCAGCUUCAUGCGAGACGCGUACAGGGAAGUGUUGGAGCAGGACAAGGCCGGUGAUGCGGCCAUGUUACAAGUGCUCCUGACAGCGCAGUUCGACAUCCUAUCCUCUCUGUCCGAGACCCUGAACAUGAGCGAAGAGGAGGCUGUUGCGCACGCCAAGACCAUCAUAAACCGUCUUCUAGAGACUGGCUACUCGGCAGCAUCGCACGUUGUCAAACCCGACGGCUCCAUGAUGCCGGUUGAGCUGUUCCCGCCGACCAAACGUGGGACUCCAAAGCGAAAGAAGUCGCUUAACAUACACUCCAAGCCAAUACCGGCGCCUGGCCUAGCAGCCCUUUCGGCAGCCCAGCAGGUACUCGCCUCUCCAAUAAAAGUGUCACCAAGGCGUCGCAAGCUGGGCACUACCCGCAAGGGCGUUUCAUUCACCCCGGUGAAGAAGAAGCACUCUGUGCGAUGGCGCGAUGACGAAACUGAGGAAGGGACUCUAGCCGACUUUGCUAGGACUCCACAAAAGUUCUCGUCGCCCGCGAAGGCUUCCCCCGAGGAACCUCUUCCGUCGCGUCCUCCAGUGCCGUCGUACCUUAACCACAUGAAUUCGCCCCGGGACUCUAGCCCAACUAUUACCGCACCUGACGUAUCAAUGCUGCCAGUCAGCAAACCGAACCGGUUUCAAGCCGGCUUCCUUUCCAAGACUGCACGGGGCCCACAGCAGAGCAUCGGGAACGGCUCGCCGGUCCCACCAACCUUGUCGAUAAACCUGGCCAACUCCGGAUCCUCAGAUACCGAAGAACCCCGUCCAUCCCCCCUGCGCAGCCUUCCCGUCAGCCGCGCAGCCAACACGCUCUCUCCACCCAAUGCGCGAGCCAGGAGUAUCAGCCCCAAGCCCAACGGCCUGUCGCCCAACCUAGAUGAAAACGAGCCCCCUGAGGCCCCUCGACGGACCUCCCCUUCCUCGCGCCUCCCCCGUCUAUCAUAUGGCUCUGCGUCCGAGUCCGAGUCCCCCAAAGCCACCCACAAUAACAGCACAAUCACAGUCAGCAAGAACAGCAACAACGAUGCGACAAUCGACCCCCUCAAGAUCCGCUCCGCCCUCCAACUGGCCAAACGCCGCGAGAGGCUGUCUCUGAUGUCGGGCACGGCCUCAUCCAAUGCGAAACGCAUCUCGUCAGUCGGCUCCCACCAUCGCGUCUCUGCAAGCUAUUCGGGCGCCAGCAGCGCUUCCACAAACGGCAUCUCCAGACAGAGACGGAGCAGCGGCGGCAGCGCCACGUCGGAGAGACGCCGCUCCCCGCCCAUCAGCUGCAGUCCCCCAACAUCGAUGCGCUCCAUCGGCGGCCAGCUGCAUUCUUGGGAGGGGAAAAGCUUGACCCCCGGCCAGGCGAGGCGCAUGAACUUGGGGGGCAGCUUGCGUGAGCACAGACUGGAGAGGGAGAGGGAGAGGGAGCGGGAAGGUAGUCCGUCUGCUGCUGCUGCUGCUGCUGCUACUGCUGGUGGUGGUCUGGGGGGCAUUAAGGGGUUGGGAUUCAGUGGCGCGGCUAGGAGGAUCACCAUUGGCGCUCCGGCUCCGGGCCCGGUUUGAGCCUUGGGUCUGCUGCUGCGCUAAAUACACGGCCGAGCAUGGUUUGGAGGUCAUGAUAGGUUGGGUGUAGCUUGGCUGGUAGAUUGGGGAGUUUGUUUUGUUUGCUGCGGCUGCUUCCUUUGCAUACCGCGUCGUCUGUUGCUCACGCCAGGCUGCUGCGGUUGGUGUCUCGGUUUUUUCUCCCUCACUUUACUCAUUCCAUCAUCAAAUGGGUUCAUGGGACUUUGCCGGGAUGGGGGUUGCGCUGUACGGGUAGAGUGCAGCGGGUGGUGUUUGGGAUUAGGAUUGCUUUGGUUCAUGUUUGUUUAUUGCAUGUUAAUGUAUCCCUCAACUGUGUACUCUUCUGAGACUGGUUUAACUAAGGUACUUUUCGUGUUGUAGUUUAUAAGGUACCUAGGGAACUUGAUUGCGGCGGGAUAUCCCUAUCCCUUGUUUGUUCAUGGUUUCUGAGAC